GAUAUCUAGCGUUAGGUUUUGGUUAUAACUUAUAAAUUCAAAGGAGGAAAAGGUAAAAGAAGAAUACAUGCAUUAAAGAGCGCAGUUAUAUUAUAUAUAAAGCAUGCUAUGGGAGCCUUCCUUACAAAGUGUUUUGACACGAAGGAAGAGAAGAUGGACAACAUAGCCAAGAAAUGGAAGAGUCUUAGCGGCCAGAAUAACUGGGAGGAUUUGUUCGACCCUCUCGACAUUGAUCUCCGGCGGUACAUAAUCCACUAUGGAGAGAUGGCUCAAGCUACAUAUGAUGCCUUUGAUACAGAGAAGGUGUCGAGGUUCGCCGGAAGUAGCCGAUAUGGGAGGAAGGAUUUCUUCUCUAAGGUGAAUUUAGAGAAGGCGAAUCCUUUCAAAUACAAGGUGACAAAGUUCUUUUAUGCAACGUCAAGUAUCCAAGUCCCCGAGGCUUUUAUAAUAAAGUCUUUGUCGAGGGAGGCGUGGAGCAAGGAAUCAAACUGGAUGGGGUAUGUUGCAGUCGCCACAGACGAAGGGAAGGCCGUGUUAGGGAGGAGGGAUAUUGUGAUUGCUUGGAGAGGAACUGUGCAGACGUUGGAGUGGAUUAAUGAUUUAGAUUUUGGUCUGGUUUCAGCCUCCGAUGUUCUUGGAGAUGAAGGUGAUCCUAAAGUUAAUCAUGGUUGGUACUCCAUUUACACUUCAGAUGACCCUCGUUCGCCCUUCAAUGCGACUAGUGCCAGGAAACAGGUUCUUGGUGAGAUAAGGAGACUAAUGGAAGAAUACAAGGACGAGGAAAUCAGCAUUACUGUAACUGGGCACAGCAUGGGCGCAGCCAUUGCAACACUAAACGCGGUUGACAUAGUUGCCAAUGGAGUCAACAAGCCAAAAGUCGAGCAAAGGAAAGCUUGUCCUGUAACAGCGAUAUUAUUCGCCAGCCCCCGUGUAGGAGACUCGAACUUCAAGAGGGUGUUCUCUAGAUACAAAGAUCUUCGAGCUUUACGCAUCCGCAAUGCUCCAGACUUUGUUCCCAACUAUCCCUUGAUAGGCUACUCGGACGUGGGAGAAGAGCUGAAAAUUGAUACUCCAAAAUCGAACUACUUGAAGAGUCCUGGAAAUCUGACGACUUGGCAUAACUUGGAGUGUUACCUGCAUGGGGUUGCCGGGACAACAGGGAGUAGAGGAGGGUUCAAGCUGAAGGUUGAUCGGGAAAUUGCGCUGGCAAACAAGACGGCGGAUGCUUUGAAGGAUGAGUAUCUUAUUCCGGCGUCAUGGCGAUGUGUGCAGAACAAGGGCAUGGUUCAGCUGGAGGAUGGUUCUUGGAAGUUGAUGGAUCAUGAGGAGGAUGCGUCUGAUCCUUGAGUGUUUGUAAAAGUCAUUUCAAUUUGAUUUGGGUUGGUUUUGUCGCCCAUGCCAUUAGAAGUUUGGCUGUAUUGUUUGAUCUAGCUACUAGAAGAGGAGCAGAAAAAGAAAAAGAAAAAAAGACAUCUGCGCGUGUUACAUGAGUCGAUCAAGUUGCAUGCGUCAGGCAUUAGCUCAAUUGGAAAUAAUCUAAGGUGGGAAAUCCAAUUAAGGAAGAAUACAAGGAUGGGAGAAGGUCGCUGCCUCGUAGGUGUUAAAAAAAUAUGGAAUUUUGGGCUAUUUGUGUGUAAUAAUAAGGAAAAUGUUAAAUUUACAA